AUGGCGACCCGAACGGAAUCCGACUCUGGACCCGAUCACCCCACUACUACCGCCACCGCCUCCAUAACUCACAAUCCAACUCAAAUAACAACCCCGCCAAUCUACCACCUGUCCUUCAACCAAAACCACACCUGCUUCUCAGUUGGACUCCAGAACGGGUUCCGGGUCUUCGACACGGACCCAUUCAAACCCUCAUUCCGACGCGAAUUAGACACACACGGAGGCAUAGGAUUGGUCGCCAUGCUUUUCCGCUGCAAUCUCUUCUGCCUAGUCGGUGGCGGACCCGACCCGAUUUACCCGAAAAACAAAGUGAUGAUUUGGGACGACCAUGUUUCCCGGUGUAUUGGAGAAUUAUCAUUCCGUUCAGAGGUGAAAAACGUAAAACUUCGCCGUGAUAUGAUCAUAGUUGUGUUGAAUCAAAAGAUAUUCGUUUAUAAUUUCUUGGACUUGAAGUUAUUGCUUCAAAUAGAGACGGUUGUGAACCCUGAUGGGUUGUGUGAGAUUUCUCACAAUUCUUCGCCAAUGGUUUUGGUUUGUUUAGGGUUGCAAAAGGGGCAGAUUAGGGUGGAGAAUUUUGGGUCUAAGAAGAGUAAGUUUGUUAUGGCGCAUGAUUCAAGAGUUGUUUGUAUGGGCUUAACACAAGAUGGGAGGAGGUUAGCGACCGCGAGUAGUAAAGGGACUUUGAUUAGAGUAUUCAAUACUUUGGAUGGGACUUUGUUGCAAGAGGUUAGGAGAGGUGCAGAUAGAGCAGAUAUCUACAGCCUUGCAUUCUCAUCUAAUGCUCAGUUCCUAGCUGUCUCAAGUGAUAAGGGAACUAUACAUAUCUUUAGUCUCAAGGUUGAUUCAGAGUCCUUGGCCUCAUUGUCAAAUGACAGGUCUCCCAUUGCAUCUGAACCAAUUCAUUCUAGACUUUCUUCUCUUUCCAUUCUUAAAGGUGUAUUGCCAAAGUAUUUCAGGUCAGAGUGGUCAGUAGCUCAGUUUCGAUUACCCGAAGGUCAACAGUAUUUUGUUGGGUUUAGCCACCAGAAGAACACGAUUGUCAUCAUCGGCAUGGAUGGAAGCUUCUAUAGAUGUGAGUUUGACCCAGUGACCGGCGGGGAGAUGAUCCAGCUUGAAUAUCACAAUUUCCUGAACGUGGAGAAUUUCUUGGAGUCAGGAGAAACUUUUCCGAAGUCAAUAUAA